UUACAAAUUAAGAUCGAGUAUUCGCAUUGUAGGUUUCAAUGACAAGCAAUUCUUACAAUAAUAUCACACAGAAGUAACAAGUUUUGAACUUUUUUACUUAUUUUUAUAAGUAAAUGAACAUAUAAGAACAAUUAAAAUCAGUAGCUGGUUGUAAAUAGUGAGUGUAACAAUGACGCUCACAAAUAAGAUGGAAAUAGAUGAGAAAAUUAUGAAGGGAGAAGGUUUUAAACCGUAUUAUAUUACUAAAAUCGAAGAACUUCAAUUAAUCGUAGCUGAAAAAAGUCAAAAUUUAAGGAGAUUACAAGCUCAACGUAAUGAGCUUAAUGCAAAAGUACGUAUGCUGCGUGAAGAGCUACAACUUCUACAAGAACAAGGAUCCUAUGUUGGAGAAGUUGUUAAACCCAUGGACAAGAAGAAAGUGUUAGUUAAAGUACAUCCUGAAGGAAAAUUUGUAGUAGAUAUAGAUAAGAAUAUCGAUAUUAAUGAUGUGACUCCAAAUUCGAGAGUUGCACUACGUAAUGAAAGUUACACAUUACAUAAAAUUUUACCAAAUAAAGUUGACCCGCUUGUUUCUCUCAUGAUGGUGGAGAAGGUACCAGAUUCUACAUAUGAAAUGGUGGGAGGUUUAGAUAAACAAAUUAAAGAAAUUAAAGAAGUUAUUGAAUUGCCUGUUAAACAUCCUGAAUUAUUUGAUGCUCUUGGAAUUGCUCAACCUAAAGGUGUACUCUUAUAUGGUCCACCAGGCACAGGCAAAACAUUAUUAGCAAGAGCAGUUGCACAUCAUACUGAAUGUACUUUUAUUCGUGUAUCUGGUUCUGAAUUGGUACAGAAGUUCAUUGGUGAAGGUUCACGAAUGGUUCGUGAAUUGUUUGUAAUGGCAAGGGAACAUGCACCAUCUAUAAUAUUCAUGGAUGAAAUUGAUUCAAUUGGAAGUUCUCGUAUUGAAUCUGGUUCUGGAGGAGAUAGUGAAGUUCAAAGAACUAUGCUUGAAUUACUCAAUCAAUUGGAUGGUUUUGAAGCAACAAAAAAUAUUAAAGUUAUCAUGGCUACAAACAGAAUUGAUAUAUUGGAUCCAGCGUUGUUAAGGCCGGGACGUAUAGACCGUAAAAUUGAAUUCCCACCUCCAAAUGAAGAAGCGCGACUUGAUAUUUUAAAAAUUCAUUCGAGAAAAAUGAAUUUAACACGCGGUAUAAAUUUAAGGAAAAUUGCCGAACUUAUGCCUGGUGCAUCAGGUGCAGAAGUGAAGGGUGUAUGCACGGAAGCCGGUAUGUAUGCUCUCAGAGAACGUCGUGUUCAUGUUACUCAAGAAGACUUUGAAAUGGCUGUAGCAAAAGUUAUGCAGAAAGAUUCAGAAAAGAAUAUGUCUAUCAAGAAGUUAUGGAAAUAAUUAGUUUCGUCCUAUAGUUAUAUUGGUUUGCACUUUUUUGUAAAACUAUUUAUAAAUUCUGUAUAACUUCGAUUGAAAUAUAUACAAAACGAAGGUUAUAUAAUUGUAAGGAAAAAUACAUUAAAAGAAAUUACUAUCAAUGUAAAGAUUCAAUAAUGUGCAUCUAAUUAAAUGAAAUGAUUAAAUAAUACUAUAAAUUAUA